AUGGGUGCCAUCGCCAGUUGUUGCUGUCAUUGUUGCCAAAAAACACCGAAAAAAUACAUUAGCGGUGAUUAUGGGUUAACACGUGGUGGUAGCAACACAAAUUAUCCAUACAAUGGCGCAGAUAAUUCUCCAGGAUCCUAUGAUAAUAAAAUUCAUGUUUCUGAAAUAUAUGGAAAUCAAUCAGAUGUUGAACUUGCACCGUCCGAUAACCCAACAACAUCCACAUAUUUUGCAUCUAUGCUUCAGCAAACAAAAGAUGCAAUACAACCAUUACCAAUACUAACAAUUCCAAAUGAAAAUAUUCUUUCAUCAAUUAAAGAUAAAUCAUAUCGACCAUCAAAUUCACCAAAUCGAUCACGUUAUCAACGUGAUGUAUCAUAUAUGUCGCAAAAACAUUCAAAUUCAUGUUCAACAAUAUAUGUAGAUGAUUCAACUGUUUCACAACCAAAUUGGAAAGCUAUGAUUAAAUGUGUUAGUAUUGCUAUACAUUCACAUAUUCUUCAUAGAAAAUCAAAUAAAACAAUGAAUAUAUUCGAUGAAAAAUUACAUCCAUUAACCAAAGAUCGAGUACCGGAUGAUUAUGAGCAACAAAUACCUGAACAAAAAGCAAUCUAUCGAUUUAUGAGGAUACUUUUUACUGCUGCACAAUUAACUGCUGAAUGUGCCAUUGUAACAUUGGUCUAUCUCGAACGUGUUUUAAGUUAUGGUGAACUUGAUUUAUGUCCAUCGAAUUGGAAACGACUUGUACUUGGUGCAAUUAUGUUAGCAUCAAAAGUCUGGGAUGAUCAGGCAGUAUGGAAUGUUGAUUUUUGUCAAAUACUUAAAGAUAUUACUGUUCAUGAAAUGAACGAAUUAGAACGUGAGUAUAUUCAAUUACUUCAAUUUAAUGUUAAUGUUGGAUCAUCUAUAUAUGCCAAAUAUUAUUUUGAUCUACGACAAUUAGCUAAAGAUAAUAAAAUAUCAUUUCCUGAUGAAUUAUUAACUAAAGAAAAAGCGAUUAAACUUGAAGCUUCAUCAAUAGCUAACAAUCGUUUACAACAACCAUUACCAAAUCAAUCAAAUUCCGCUCAAUUAAUGCCAAAUUCCCAUCACAUAUCCUCCCAACAACAAUCAUCGGGUCCACUUAUCUCAUUGCGUCGUUCAGCUAGUGUUGAAUUUACACAUUCACCACGUAAAUCACUUCUUAUUAUUUCUUAG